AUGAUCCCAGUCAAGCGAGCUGAUGCCGAUGCUGUUGCGCCGGUCCUAGUUCCAGUGCUACCUGGUUCUCCAUGGAAGUACUAUGUGAAAGGACUCUUUGUGAAGCACUGGUGCCUUAUUGCGAUAGCAAUUAGGAAAAGAAGUGGCAAGGAUGACAGAAUUGACAGGGAUAUGUAUAUGAUCCGUUCCCCACCAUCUUUGAAAGCCGAGAAACUCCAGAUCAUCCGCCAAAUUCGCCAUCUAAAUGUCGUUGAUAACAUCGAGAUCUUCUCAGAAGAUGAUGGAAAUUGCUACAUCGUUUCUCAAAUGAUGGAAACUUCUCUGCUACAUAUCCGAAGAGCACCGGAUUAUCCGUCCGAAUCACAGCUCAGCUGUAUUCUAUUCCAGGUAUGA